AUGACAGUGCUGACCCCGCGAGUGUCGCAGCGCCACUCCAUCCAGCACGCGCGUGGCAGACGCUCUCGCAUCGCUUCUGUGUCGGCCUGUAUCUCUACUUCGUUUUGGAAUUCAGUUCGCCAGAAACGACCAACCAGGCAGGCAGAACGUUGGAUUGACCGCAAAAGGCGGUUGCGAAACUGGCUAGUGUGGCACACCACAGGAAGAAAUACGUUUGCUAAUAUGGUCGGUGCGCGAUGGUUGUCGGUCGCCGUCGUCGGGUUGAGCGUGAUCGUGCCGCCAGCGCUGCCCUGCCCGAUUUCGGCGUCCUCCGACCCGGACGCAGCCUCCGACGACUGCUGGACGCGGGACUCCGGCUGGCCGCUGAGGCUGAGCGGCCGGAACGACGACAUCGACGCCGUGGGCGGAGGCGAGGCCGUGGCCUUGGCCGGCAACUCCGACUUCCGCUUCUUUGAAAUCGACGAAGACGACAGCGAGUACGUGCCGAGGAGGAGCGUCGACUACGAGGACAAGAUCGACCAGGAGGCGCUGACGCUGAAGGAGAUGGCGUUUGAGCAGGCGCUGAUCAUGCAAGGACGCUCCUCCGGCGACAGAGGGUCUGCCAGCUUCUGCGACCAGUUCAUACCAAGGGAGGAGUUCUAUAUCCACUCCCCAGCAUACCCCAACAACUAUCCUGCCAACCUGACUUGCCGAUACCAGAUCUACCGUCGGCACCCGGACUACUGCGGCGUCGCCUUCACUGUCCUCAGACUGGACCUGGCCCAGCCGCACCCCGCUGUGCUUGCGGCGGAUGACAGCAGCAGGAACAACAUGGUGGAAGGGCGGGGGCAACAGAACAGGACCUGUGGAGGAGGGGACGUCUUGCUCAUCGAAGACGUUGUGCAUUGCGGGAGGUAUCAGCGAGGCAAGACAGCGACAUUUUCCUUCCCGGGAACUCUCCUGACGGUGGAGUUCCGCAGCGGCGCCAACCACGGCGCUUCGGGGUUCCUCCUCCUGGGCCGCCAGGUCAAGACUUGCCGAACCCCGCGCACCCUGGGCUCUCCUCUGACGUCCUCUGUCCAGUGUGACAGGAUGAUUGAUUCUUCGAUGUUCCUCCUGACGUCGCCCGAGUACCCGGCGCCAUACCGGCACAACGCCGAGUGCCACUUCGCCGUCAGACGCCUCGAGCCCGACGCGUGCGGCGUCCAGCUCACCGUGAAGGACUUCGACCUGGAGGAGAGCGGCUGCAUGUUCGACUACGUGGAGGUGCAGGGCCAGCGGCUCUGCGGCAGCCUCGAGCAGGGAUUCUCGCGAUAUUUUAGGUUCGAGGGGAAUGAGCUCGACAUCCGGUUCCGGACGGACGAGUCAACCCGGCGCAAGGGCUUCUCCAUCGCGGGCCAGCAGGUCCUCUGCCGCCAGGCCAGGCCCAUUCAGGCGCCGCUCAGCCAGGCGCGGCCCUCCAAGGCGGACGACGCUCAGCUGGGUGUCGAGGCGCGGGCGCCGGACCCUCCGGAAACUACCUUGGCGCCGCUGGGGCCCUUCCCUCUUCCGCCCUCCCGCUCGACACAGCGUCCUUCCACAGCGCCUCCUGUCAUAUCUUCUCCCGCGCCUCCGACAACACGACAAACGACAUCGAUGACGACAGCAGCGACAACGUCAGCGACGACAGCAACGACGGCAACAGCAGCGACGACCACAACCGCAACAACGACCAGCAGGCGACCAUACGUCACGCCCUUUUGGAUCCGACCCGUCACUAGCGCCAACCAAUCAGAGAUAGACAUCAGCUACAUUCUUGAUGCCAUAGGGCGCCAUCCCAUCAGCACUCGGCCUCCUUUGGGCCGGGAUUCGACCGAAGGAUUUCUGGAGGAUGCCAAAGAGGAGGAGAAUUUCACCGAAUUGGAGCCGGGGCUCAUCAGCACGACCACGGUAGAGGCCGAGACAACCAACUCUGAACAGAACGUGCCCGGAGACCCGGAUUUCAACCCCUUCACCACCAACGGGUUGCCUCCGACGAUACCAACGACAAUACCCGGUCUCACACCAACUAAUCCGACGACAAUUGAUUAUCCGACGACCUUCACGAACAUUUUCCCAACGACUUUUACCAACACCUUCCCGACGACAGAGAUCGAGUUCCCAACCACCAGCCUUGCGGGGACUGAGUGCGACCAGUUCUUCGUGGACGUGAGCUUCUCCAUCUCGAGCCCGGGGUACCCAGGCCCUUACCCGAACUCCGUCGACUGCGCUUACGUGGUCGGCAGGGCGUCCCUCGACGUGUGUGCG